AUGUAAUUUAAACAUAAUUUGAACAGAUUAUAUAUUUUGUAAUAUUUUCUUCACUUUUAUAUUUUAUAAUAUUUUCUUAUUCUUUUGUAUUUUAUAAUGUUGUUAGUUAUGUGAUUUUGUAUAGUUGUUAAACUGUAAUAUCCAAUGGAGAAACCCUUGAUCUUAGAUUUUGGUACCGUUUCAUUUAGAGUUGGCCGAGCUGGAGACAAGAACCCGUCGUUCUUUGUCCCCCCAGUCAUCGGGAAACCUCUGAUGAAGGAUUCUAAAGGCGAUUUAUGCGAGUUUACAGGAGGCUCAGGUCAAAACCCACUUGAAUACACGAUAUUCCCUUUAAAUCCAAGAGAUAAGCAUGACAAUGUUGUUCCCAUCUCAGCCAUAACCUACCGUCAAGAUGGUUUCGAAGUCAACCAAUCGUUGUUGGAACGUUUGUUGGACGGUUGUUUGGGAGUUAAAGGUAUGGACGAGAGUUUACAGGAGACUCCAGUGAUAGUAUCAGAGCCGUCAUUACAUAACCCGAAUUUCAGACAAGUCUUUAGUGAGUUAUUAUUUGAGACUUUUAAGGUUGAGAAUGUGUUUCUCUGUAAAAGGUCAGCCCUAUCUUGCUAUGCAAGUGCCUGUACUAGUGGUGUAGUGGUUGACGUUGGCGGUUCCUGCUCUAAUAUCGCACCAGUACUUGAGGGGUAUACUCUCCAGGACUACGUCAAAGAGGAACCUACAGGAGGAAAUCUCAUGGAUCGCAUAUUUUAUUCAUACCUUUCGUCAACAGGUAUCACAGUUCGACCCUCAUACGAAUACUCUAAACCCCCCAAAACGGAAAAUAGUACCAACGGUGUGGGUAAUUCCACGGACGCCGAUACCACAGUGGUAAAGGGAUUUACAGGUAAAAAGCCUGUAAAACGUGAAGAUUCAAAGGUUGUCAUCAGGAAAUUACCGUUUGUACAUGACGACUACUAUCAUUGGUCAGCUUUAUACGCGACUUCAGUGUUAAAGGAGACUUGCAUAGUGUUAAAUCAGGAAAUUAACAUUAACACUAGUGGCAGAGACGCAUACUGUUAUGCACUUCCAGACGGUAAUUAUUUAGAUGUUGAAAAUAGUAAACAACUUUGUGGUAUUUACUGUAGUACACUCUUUUCCAAACCUGAGUACCUACACCACACACAUAACAGGACUAAAAUCACCAACUUAGUCUCCGUAGAUAUGGACUCAGUAUAUAGCAGAAAGGGAUUAUCAAGACUGUUGACCGAAUGCUAUGGUGACUUGUUGAAUUCGGAGGUGAGUAGAGUGGUUUUGGACCAGUUGGUGGUUACUGGCGGUUGUACAAGGCAUCCAGCUGUGGUACCAAUAUUGGAAAGGGAUGUAGAGGAAUACGUGAGGAAGAAGAAGCUAGAGGGUGGUUUACGUAUUGUGGCUGUGGGAGGCAAUGAGCAACAGUUUAGCAGUUAUAUAGGUGCCUCAAUCCUCUCCUCACUGGGUGCAUUCACCAGUUUCUGUGUUAACUUGGCAGAUGUCCAGGAACUCGGAUUACAAAGAGCACUUCAAAGGAGGUGCCCGUAA